GGCAAGCAAAGGAGGAAGUCCGUAGUGAUAGAUGUAACAAUACCAAGAGAUGGCAACAUCAAGAGGAAGGAACAGGAGAAGCUCGAUAAAUACCAAGGGCUGAGAGAAGAGCUAGAGAGGAUGUGGAAGGUGAAGGCCACAGCGGUCCCCUCAGGGCAGUGACCCCAAAACUAAAUUCAAACGAGCAAAUCUGUUCUGUAAACUGAAACUAAAGUAAAUUCAAACCAACAACUCAAAACCCAAUAAAAAGAAAACUAAUUAAAAAAUACUCAACUGUUAAUUUGGCAGUGUAACAUCUCAUUUAGGUUACACCUCAUUAUCACGGAUAUCACGUGAUUUCUGCUGCUGUAACGCGAGAUUUCUUUGACGUCACUUUUAGCGCGGAGUUUGUUGUUGGCGGAUAAGCUCGAGUCCGAAAGUGCGUACAAAGUUAUUCAGCUACGACCCGUGCGGAAUACGUGCCUAUAAUUAAUGUUUUACCGGUAGAGAUAUUGGUCGGGACUACAUGGUGACUUUAUAAAGCAUUCAUCUGAGAUACUUUUGGACUUUACAGCCAGCUGAGGCGAUGGAGUUUUCUCCUGUCUGCACUCCUGAGGACAUCAGCACAGACGGAUGCAUUAUCAAACCUGACAGAGGUCGCAGGAAGCGGAAAGUUUCACGGGAUGUGGAGAUGGACAUUGAGUUUCUUUACAAAGCUGUUCCUCAGCUCGCCAAGGUUUUCCGCAUCAUAGACAAAAUUGGAGAAGGUACCUUCAGCUCAGUAUACUUAGGUGAGGCACAGAUGCGAGAUGGGACGAAAGAGAUGUUUGCACUGAAGCACCUCAUCCCAACUAGCCAUCCUACACGCAUUGCUGCUGAGCUUCAAUGUCUAACAGUUGCAGGAGGCAGAGAGAAUGUGGUGGGGGUGACCUACUGCUUCAGGAAGGAGGACCAUGUGGUCAUUGUAAUGCCCUACAUGGAGCAUCAAGCCAUCGUGGACAUCAUUGGGUCACUAAGUUUUGAAGAGGUUCGCCUGUACAUCUACCACCUGUUAAAGGCCCUGAAACACAUCCACCAGUUUGGCAUCAUUCAUCGAGACAUCAAACCAAACAAUUUUCUCUACAACAGAAAGAGGAAAACGUACGCACUGGUGGAUUUCGGCCUUGCUCAGGGUACAUGUGACACCCAGAUUGAGCUGCUGAAGGAUUUGACAGGACUACGCAAAUCAUCACGGCCUGUGUUUGGAGAGAGGAACCUGAACAGCUACACACCAGCGCCCACCAACACCAAACAAGCUGCCAUUAAGACAGAAGUGGUAAAACCAAGGAGAACAGAUGAUGCAGCCAGCCAGAAGUACUCUUCAGCCACCUGGGGUCCCCUCCCCGUCAGGACCCAGACCAGCAGUCAGAAACCCGUACAACAAGGCCUAACCUGUAACUGCUACCUUACUGACAGGGUCUGCAAUAUCUGCUUGUCUAGAAAGCCGCAGGUGGCACCCAGGGCUGGAACUCCAGGGUUUAGAGCACCAGAAGUCCUCACAAAGUGUCCCAACCAAGGCACAGCCAUAGACAUGUGGUCAGCUGGUGUGAUCCUGCUCUCAUUGCUCAGUGGCCGUUACCCAUUCUUUAAAGCCAGUGACGACCUCAUUGCGCUCGCUCAGAUCAUGACCAUACGAGGCUCCAGAGAGACCGUCAAGGCUGCCAAGUCAUUUGGUAAAGCAGUGGUGUGCAGUCGGGAGCUCCCUCGACAGGACCUCAGGACCCUGUGUGAGACGCUCAGAGGACGGAGGCCAUCACCAGAUAACGAAGUCACACCACUUCCUGAAGCUACAAGAAAUUCCUCUGAGGCCCGUCAUCGCAAGAUCCAAGAUGAUACGCCCACACACCGCCCCACUGAAGCAACAUUCAAGCCACACAAAGAGGAAGCAGGUGAAAGUCCUGCAGCACUUUUGUGUACUCAUCCAAACAACCAGAAAGAUUCAAGCAGUAAAAACGCCACAGCUCGCCGUCCAACACAGAGAAAGGCGGAGGAGGAUGAAGGUGGAUGGGACAGAGUUCCUGAUGAGGCCUACGACCUGCUAGAUAAGCUGCUGGAUCUGAACCCUUCCACCAGGAUCACAGCUACUCAGGCUCUACAGCACCCGCUGUUCAAAGACCUGUGAAACUGUGUGGUCAGAGCACCAGAAAUCUGUUUGACAGUAAAACUAUGAUGUCCCAGGCUGUCAUGUACUGGUUCUGCAGUUAUGUAGCAACGUGAUAAUGGGGCAUUAGAGAGAACUUUUGAUCCUUGUGAUGUGGUGCAGUUUUUUCCCAUCCAAUCAGAUUUCUUUAAAAAACAAUCACACUUAAAUGUAAAUGUUUAUGUGAAUCGGCUUUGGCUUCAUGGCUGACAGAGUGCACUUAAAAUGAUUUGUAUUCGUGGCAGCUAUGGCAUAGACUACAGAACUGUAAAGAAAAGCAUUUUAAAAAUCUUGUACAUGGUUUAAGUGUUUUACAUAUUCUUGCUACAACUCAUCACCUUUUAAAGAGGGAAUAAUUCAUGUUUACAGUAGUCACUCCUGAGUCACUGCCAUAAGAGGUGAUCGUUCCUUAACUACAGAAAGGCUUUUAAUUUGAAGGUGCACAUAAACGCCAUCUGUGUUUGUAUGAAUGCUGCAUGAGAGCGUGUAUAUGAUCCCAGUUUAUUUAUUUAAAACACUGCCCCAGUUCAGAUUCAUAAUAAAGGC